AUGAACGGCCAACUGGCAGUCCCACUUCAGCUGAUCGAAUUUUGCAGGGAGGAGAAGGUGGAGGUACUUCUCUUACAGGAGCCGCCAUUAGACUCAGGAAGGUUGCACGGCUUCGACUUCGAGGGGGCUAGGGUGGUAAUGGCAAACGGGAGGGACAAGGCCAAGGCGGCAAUAGUCAUCCUCAGUGACGACAUCGAAGUCAUGGCCAUCAGGGAGCUCACAGAUAGGUUUUUCGCGGUGGCUUCGAUUAGGAAGAAAGGGGGCAAAGAAAUAACUUUUAUUUCGGCGUACUUUAAGUACAGCAUUCCGGUUAUGUUCUUUACGGAUAGGCUAGGGCACAUUCUUGGCAGGAUAGGGGAGGACGCGGUUAUAGGGGCCGACGUCAACACGCAUGCAGAACCUUGGCACAGUAGGAGGGGGAACCACAACGGGUGGGCUAGGGGUACCAAGGUGGUAGAACUCAUCGAGGACCAAGAUCUCAAAGUCCACAACAUGGGGGGAAAACCAGACACGUACGAUAGGCAGGGAAUAGGCUCCUCAAGCAUAGACGUUACUCUCUCCAAGGGGGAAAGGUUAGAGGAAGCCAUAAGGGGAUGGGACGUGAUGGUGGGGGUCACGGAUAGCGAUCACAGGAUCAUUAGGUAUAGGGUAGGAAUGAGCAUGGGAAACCCGGGGGAAUGGGACGUAAAGGUUAGGUAUAACGUUAGGAAGGCAAAUUGGGACAAGUUCGGGGAAAAGCUAAAUCAGGAGGUAUGGGAUAAAAGGGAAAACCUAGAGGGGGAUCUGGAAAUAGCGGCGGGCACACUGGUUGAGGUUAUUCAAGCCGCAAUGAAGUGCUCGAUGCCUAGAUCAGGUAGGAUAGGUAGGAAGAAACCACCUUGGUGGGAUAAGGAUCUGGAAGCCUCUAAGAAGAGGCUGUUAGCGUACAGGAGCCACGACUGGAAGGGGGAGGAUAGGCAGGAGUAUAGGAGGAUUAGGAAUUCCCACACAUACCUGGUUAGAGGGGCGAAAACUAGGUCUUGGAGUUUGCGACGUCGAUAA